AUGUGCCACCGCCCGCGCGAGGCCCCGGGACCCGCCGCCCCCGCGGGGAGCCGGGGGCUGCUCCCACCGCCCGGGGAGGGGGCACCCGGGGAGGGGGCCCCGGGGCUCUGCCUCCAGCCGCUCCUCGGGGCUGUCCCGUGGAGGCUCCGCUGUGUGGGGGUGAGUGGCGGGGUGGUGGGAGCGGGGACCCGCCGGUGCUGGGCCCGGCUCAGGCCCCUCCGUGCCGCAGGCUCCGGGCAGCUGCGGCUGGUGGGGGGCGGCGGGCGCUGUGCUGGACGCGUGGAGGUGAAUCACGACGGUGAGUGAGGCUCCGUCUGCGCCUACGACUUUGACUGGCAAGCCCGCUGGGCCACCGUGGUGUGCCGGCAGCUGGGCUGUGGCCACGUGGCCUGGUCGUCCCCGUACACCCCGUUCGGGCAGGGCAGCGGCCGGAUCUGGCUCCAGCCCUUCUACUGCGACGGCAAUGAGGAGGUGCUGGAGAAGUGUCCGAACUUCGGAUGGGGCCAGCACCACUGUGGCCACGAGCGGGACGUGGGGGUGAUCUGCACAGGUGAGGGGGACAGGCUGGCCGUGCCAGGACACCCACCUUGUGCCGGGGUGUGCCGGGCAGCUGAGCUGUGCCGGUGUCCCGGUGCAGAGGCCGUGGAACUGAGGCUGGUGGAUGGCGGCGGUCCCUGUGACGGGAGGGUGGAGGUGAAGCUGCGGGGACACUGGGGCUCGGUGGCAGAUGACAACUGGUUCAUGGAGGAUGCCGAGGUGGUGUGCCAGCAGCCGGGCUGUGGCUCGGCUGCCGGUGCCUACUCCUCCCGCGACCGCUUUCGCGCAGGGACCGGGCCCAUCAACCUGGCCCUGGUGGACUGCAACGGGGACGAGGCCACACUGUGGGAGUGCUGGAUCCGUGGCUGGGGACCCUACAGUGGUCCCCAUGACUAUGACACUGCCGUCAUCUGCCAAGGGUUUUCCCAGCUGGUCGGGGGUGACAGAGCCUGUGCCGGGCGGUUGGAGGUGCGGCAGCGCCAGGCCUGGGUUGGCGUCUGCGCGGAGCACGUGGACAUGAAGGUGGCCCAGGUGGUGUGCCGGGAGCUGGGCUGUGGCGCGGCGCUGGCCAUCCCCGGCAGCGGCCGGUUUGGGGUGGGAACGGGGCCGCUGUGGGAGGGGAGGUUCAACUGCAGCGGCACCGAGCCCCUCCUCAGCGCCUGCGCCCGGCGGGUGCCCCACAGCCAGGGCUGCGCUGGCCACGCCACCAUCAUCUGCUCCCCCUACACGGGCUUCCGGCUGGGGAACAGCAGCUCGGGCUGUGCCGGGCGGGUGGAGGUGGCGGUGAGGGGCACGUGGGGGUCCGUCUGCGCCACCGACUGGGACCUGCCCGAUGCCGACGUCCUGUGCCGCCACCUGGGCUGUGGCCACGCCGUCACCGUGCCCCCGGGAGGCUCCUUCGGCAGCGGGGACGGGCCGCUGAGGCCGGACGCCUUCGGCUGCAGCGGGAGCGAGCGGCACCCGGGCGAGUGCCCCGUGGCGGUGCUGGGGGAGCCCCCCUGCACCCCGGGGAACGCCGCCGCCGUCAACUGCUCAGGCACCAUCAAUUCCGUGCGGCUGGUAGAGGGUGAGAGCCGGUGUGACGGGCGGCUGGAGGAGGCCAUAACCACCCCAGCCUGGCGCCGUGUGCCUGAGGAGCAGUGGAAGAGAUGGGAUGUCAACAUGGUGUGUGCUGUGCUGGGUUGUGGCCUGCCAAAGGAGAUCUACACAGCCUUGGCUAUGGCACCCACUGCACUGACCAGCAGCUCCAGGGAGGUGGACGUCGUGACAGAGGAGAUGGAUGUCGUGACGAGGGAGAUGUACGACAUCUCGGGGAUGGGCCCUGAGCUGACCAGGAGCCUCGAGGAGAUGGAGGACAUGCCAGAGAAGAUCUCUGAUGUCUCAGAGAUGGGCCCUGCACCAACCAGCAGCCCUGAGGAGAUGGUCAUCGUCUGCUCAGGCAGCCGGCGGGUGAGGCUGGCGGGCGGUGCCGGGCGCUGCGCCGGGCGGGUGGAGGUCUAUGCCGGUGGCACCUGGAGCAGCGUGUGCCAGGAGCGCUGGGACCUGCGGGCCGCCGCCGUUGUGUGCCGGGAGCUGGGCUGUGGCGCGGCACUGGAGGCCCCCGGCUCGGCGCGCUUCGGCCCCGGGCCGGGGACAGCGUGGCCGUACGUGGUUGAGUGCGCCGGGAGCGAGGAGUCUCUCUGGGAAUGCCCACGCUCGGAAGGACGCGAGUGCGAGCGCGGGGCCGGGGCCGGGGCCGUCUGCUCAGAGCAGCUCUCCCUGCGGCUGGCGGGCGGGCGCGGGCGCUGCAGCGGGUACCUGGAGCUGCUCCACAACGGCACCUGGGGCCGCGUGUGCGCCACCGGCACCAGCCCCGGCACCGCCGCCGCCGUCUGCCGGCAGCUGGGCUGUGGGGACGGGGGGCAGCUGGCACCCGCCCCCGCCCAGCAGCCGGCCCCCGCCUGGCUGGCCUGGGUGGGCUGCGAGGAGGGGGCCCGCUCGCUCUGGGGGUGCCCCUCGGCACCCUGGCACCUGCAUUCCUGCGGCCCCGGAGGGGACGCCUACGUGGCUUGUGCGGAGGACAGUGACAACCCCAGCGAGACAGCCAGCACCCCCGGCCCUGCGGUGGCCAGGGGGACUGUGCCGGUGCCAAGCGGGCAGGUGGCCAGGGGGACUGUGCCGGUGGCGGUGGUGCUGUGCGUGGUCCUGGGGACGCUGCUGUGCCUGGCCCUGGGCGCCCUGGCCGUGCUGAUGUGCCGUGCCCGCGCUUGGCGCCGAGGCCCCGGCAGAGCCGUGGCUGCCAUCCCCGACGCCAUCUACGAGGAGCUGGACUACAGCGCGAUGCCGGAGUACCAGGAGGUGCCCAGUCGCCCAGGUUCCCCGCGGGAGGGCUCAGUGAAGAAGCUGCUGUGUUACACCGGGGACAGCGUGGAGGGGAGUGACAGCGGGGCAGCCCCUGGGGACACGGCAGGGCUGGGGAGCUGA